UAAAAGUUUUACAGUCUUGGCCAGGUUUCAAGCAGUGAUGAGGAACAUAUGAGCAGCAAUAUUAUGUAUUCAGAGGCAGUUACGACGUGACGGAUACUGUGAUCAGUGUGUGAUGUCUUUUCAUGCGUAGCUCCUCUGGUGUCCAUUCAGGAUCUCGUUGCAGUGUACCCCCCCCUUCUUGAACUUUUGUGCAGGAAUUUGGGAUCAGCAGACAUUUUAAUGUUGCUUCUGCUGGAUUUUGGAGUGUAACAAGGAUAACACAAUUCUCAGGCAUAAACAUCCUGACCUAAUCUCCACAAUGAGACUGGUUUUGUUGCUCACGUUACUUUACCUGUGUCAUGGAAAACCAUACAAGCCAAUAAACAUAAUGGAGUUAAUGAAGAUCCAUGACAUCAUGCAACAGGACAGUGAUGGGAGUGAUGCUGAUGAUGACAAUGGCGACGACGACGACGAUGAUGAUAACAAUAUUGAAUACAACUUUAUUUCAGAUUGCCCAUUUGGCUGCCAGUGCUCCAGAAGGGUAGUGCAAUGUUCAGAUCUAGGUUUAAUGUCAGUGCCUCGUGACAUUCCAGCAGACACGAUCAUGUUAGAUCUGCAGAACAACGACAUCACCGAAAUCAAGGAGGACGACUUCAAAAAACUGAGUAAUCUCUAUGCCCUGUUCCUGGUGAACAACCAGAUUUCAAAGAUUCAUCCAAAGGCUUUCCAAAACAUGGGGAAACUCCGUCUACUCUACUUGUCAUAUAAUCACCUGACACAAAUACCUGAAAAUAUGCCAAAGAACAUCUUGGAGCUAAGAAUUCAUGACAACAAAAUCAGCAGAAUCCGAAAGGAGGCAUUUAAAGGGAUGCAAUCAUUACAUGUUCUAGAAAUGAGUGCUAAUCCUAUUGCCAACAGCGGGAUUGAACUAGGAGCUUUUGAUGAUAUGGCGACUCUUUACCUGAGAAUUGCAGAGGCAAGGCUCACAGCAAUACCAAAAGAGCUGCCCUCAUCUCUCUCUGAGCUUCACUUGGACUAUAAUAAAAUUGCUAAAGUCGAGGUGGAAGACUUCAUGCGAUACAAGCAUUUGCUGAGGUUGGGGUUGGGUUUCAACCAGAUCAAAUUUGUGGAGAACGGAAGCUUAGCUUAUAUUUCCAAAGUCAGAGAAAUUCAUUUGGAUAACAACAAGCUGAAAAACAUCCCCCCAGGUUUGAACACGCUCAAGUAUUUACAGGUGGUGUACCUUCAUGCUAACAGCAUUACCAGUGUGGGAGUGAAUGACUUUUGCCCAACAAGAUCCAAGGCUAAGAAGGCUCUCUACUCAGGAAUCAGCCUAUUUGCCAAUCCAGUAAAAUACUGGCAGAUCCAACCGGCCACCUUCCGCUGUACAUCUGGCCAAAGAUCUCUGCAACUUGGCAAUUUUAGACGAAAGUGAGCACUUGGUUCCACUGGAGGGCAGCAACUCAACGUGUAUUUGGUUAUGUCUCCCAGUUAGUAACUGGGAUGUUUAUCCCUGAAGUCAGGUUGCACCAUACACCCACAUCUGCUGAUGAACUAGUAGUUUACUUGAAAAACACCCUGUGAAUAUAAUUAUGUAACAUAUUACACACCAGGUAUUUUUAUUUUGCUGGAAACUAUUCGACAUGGUUUAUUAGGACCACAGGUAGUAGAGUAGCUACAUUGGGUGCAAUCUUUGCUAUAAUCUAUACCCUCAUGCAGAAUUUGUUGGUUGUUGGUGCUAUUGCUAAACUGAAGUCAUCGUUAAAAAAAAAAAAAAAAAAAAAAAAAAUGUAUAAUCAAUGUUAGUAAACCUUAAAUUGUUUGACUGUUAUUAAUAAGUAUGAGCAUUAAGUAUUCGAGAGACGUAAAGCGAAUCUCUAAUGUAGACUAAGACUUGUAAACGUUGAACUAAGCUACAGCCACAUUUGUGUCAAACCUUUGUUGCAAUGUGUAAAAAAAUAAGUGUUUUGUGAAUAAACAAAAAAAUAAAAACCA